AGAGAGAGAGAGAGAGAGAGAGAGAGAGAGAGGAGAGGAAGGCAUUCCCAAACCAUUCACUACAGAUCGAGAAAAACCAUCAAGCUCAUACGAUCCAUUUGCACUAGAGAAAGAAUCUACUUUUUCCCCGCUUAAAGAUGGUGUUUAAUCUCCGAGCCUUCAGUUUUGACGAGUCCGAUGAAGAAGAUCCAACACCUACUAAAAGCUUCUCCCUAAAGGAGCUCCGACGCGCGACGGACAACUUCAGCAGCAAAAACAUCGUGAGGAGCAUUUGGAGGGGCAACGUUUACAAGGGGUGCUUGGCCGAUGGUUCGCUAGUGGCAGUACACAGAGCAAGUUCUGUCGAUUCGUUCCGCAAGAAGAGCUUCGAAUCAGAAGUGCAAGUGGGAAGCACGGUUUCGACACACCCAAAUGUGCUAUGCCUGAGGGGCUUUUGCAGGACCAAGAAAGAGCUCUUACUGGUGUAUCCCUUCAUGAUCAACAACAGCCUAUCAUACAAUCUUACCAAGAGACCGGAUCGUUUUGCCCGACCUCUUGAUUGGACUACCCGCAAGCGAAUUGCCUUGGGAGCAGCGAGGGGGCUUGCACACCUUCACAAUCAAGGAGGAUCUUCGUUUGCCGUGAUCAUGAAUGAGAAUAAUGCAGAGGAAGGGACUAUUGAGUGGCCCAUGUGGUCGGCGGAUUCUGGCUCCGAUUCUCAAUCCUAUCAUCGCUAUGAAGAUGUUUAUGUCAAUACCACCCUCUGUGGCACAAGGGGGUUUGUUGCCCCUGAGUUUUUCUUCACGGGAAAGUGCACAGUGAAGAAUGAUGUCUUUGCAUACGGGAUAUUGCUUCUCGAGCUCAUGUCGGGAACCGGAAUUUUAUUACUAAUAGCGUUGGCAGAAAAUGAAGAUCUCAGUUUGGAGGAAUGGAUCGGUGUUCUUAAGAACAAGAACAAGUUGGGAAGGGUGAUCGAUCCCAAUCUGCAGGGGAACUACGUGGAAGAAGAAGCAGAGCGACUAGUCGGAUUUGCAUUGUUGUGCUCACACGUGGAUCCAUCUAUUCGACCAGAGAUGUCUGAAGUGGUUCGAAUGCUCGAAAGCCAGUUUCUUCAGCGGGAUCCUAGUACUAGUACAAGGAGUAGUUGGAGUCAAAGUGAGGGCGACUCAACUCUGUACUACUCUUUCCCUCCUUCUCCUUCUCCUUUUCUGGGGAUUGCUCCAUGACUGGCAUGUCAAUGCUGCAUCGUCAUCAUUGCCUUCUAACUUCAACAACAAGUUUAGCUUCUAUGUUUUUCUCUACCUAUAUUCUGUGUUCUUCCUCUUCACCUACAUUUGCAUGAUCUUUCUAUAAUAUUUUCCUUCCGACUCUUUUAGACAUGUAGCACGUCAUUCAUGCAAUAACUACUAUCUUCUACAUUUGU